CAACUGGACAGUAGGAAGAAUGCUCUGGUAGCAUAUUUUAUUAGAUUGAUCAGUAUUAUUUUGAAUAUAGUUCUAGGUAAGAAUAUAAUUAUCAGAAAAUAGAACAGUAGAACUACAGUCGGAGUGUUUCCUCUAUGUGAAACAUGCCUGUCAUGACGUUUGUAGCUGCCGUUGGAAAGUGAGUUGCAUUAUCUUGUGAAUUAAAAACAGUUCGCUGUUCUAUUUUGAUUUAGCUUGUCAAAUAAACGAGGACGAGACCAGGGGCUGAUAAUAACUACAUAGAUUUUGCACCGACCGUCAUAGGCUUGAAAGUCAAAGUAACAUUGUUGCGGUUGGAAUGGAUUUGACGUCACGUUGUUUUCUUGAUAUGAAGCAUACUUCAGAGCGUUUGGGUAAAACAUUUUCUGUACUAUCUCACGGAUAACCAUAUAAGAGCAGGCAUCUUUGCUAAAACAGCAUUUUAGCGGACUUGUCCUGUCCUUGGAUUAUCCUAUUUAUUCGAGCGCGCGGGCGGUCGAACCCUCUAAAGGCAAUCGGCGAAUUAUUUGUGGCGUGAACUUUCAGUCGCUGUCAUUACAGCGUAAAGCUCAGCAGCAAAUUCACUGAAACAACAUGCCUCCCAACUACGCUGUGUGAUGUUCUGUGACUAUUGGGUGCCGUGACCUACUUCGCCCUCAGCGUCUAGUUAUGUCUGCAUCGCUGUGGGACCAAGUAUCGUUACUUUAGGACCAUUAAAUCAGAUUCUGCAGAGGGACGCACUCUACCAUACCGACCAGUUAUUUGGACCAGAGAGAGAGUGUUUCUCCAAGAGAUUGGCUGGGAUAAACAUAUUACUUGACUGACUGCAGUCAUGAUGCCGAUGAUCUUGACGGUGUACCUGAGCGACAGCCAGCAAAUGCUGACAGAGGUGCCCAUCACCCUAGAGACGACCUGUAAAGACGUGGUGGAGUUCUGUAAGGAGGCCAGAGAGAGUGGCUGUCACCUGGCUGAGGUCUGGAAGGGCAACGAGAGGGUGAUCCCCUUUGACCACCUGAUGUAUGAGCACCUGCAGAAGUGGGGUCCCAGGAGGCAGGAGGUCAGGUUCUACCUGAGACACGAAGACUCCCCCUCAGAGAGCAGCGACCAGGGGAGCCAGCUCUCUCAGGAACAGUCCAACAGAGGCAGUGGAGGGAGCUCAGACCAGUCUUGUGAGGAAAGGGUGGGGAACCCAUGCGUGGAGCUGACUCUGUCGGAGCUGCAGGAGAUGGCCAAACGGCAACAGCAACAUAUUGAUGCCCAACAGCAGAUGCUGGUUGCCAAGCUCUCUUCUGUGCGAACGGAGGAGCAGUGUCUGAGGUACCUGCAGCAGCAGGACCACACACAGGGCCAGACGGUGUCGGAGGCUGAGAAGCUACAGAGGUUGAAGGAGCGAGUGGAGAGUCAGGAGGCCAAACUAAAGAAAAUCCGCGCCAUGAGGGGCCAGGUGGACUACAGCAAGCUCAUCAAUGGCAACCUGUCGGCUGAGAUCCAGCAUGUGAGUGGGCAGUUCCAGGAGAAGCAGGCAGAGCUGCAGUCAGCUGUGGUGAAGGUGGACCAGCUCACCCAGCAGCUGGAGGACCUGAGGAGGGGACGUCUCAACGGCCUGCAGCCCCUGGGAGGACCUCUCACUGGCACCGCCGCUCUGGAGCUACGCAAACUUUACCAGGAACUACAGGUGUGUAACAAGCUGAACGCGGAGCAGAGUGGCAGGCUACAGCAGAACAAGGAGCUGCUGAAUAAGCGCAACACGGAGGUGACCAUGAUGGACAAGCGCAUCGGGGACCUUCGCCAGCGCCUGCACAAGAAAAAAACUGAGGCAUGUCAAAAAGAGAUCAACUCACUUAACAGGAUCAACGGUCCUCCCUCCCCCCAGCCCACCCCCAGCAGCUCAGGCCGCGUUGCCGCGGUAUGUCCCUACAUCCAGGUGCCCGUCCCAGGCAGACAGGAGGGGGGCUACGCUCUGCUCCCAGACCCCGUUAAACCACCGUCUGUCCCUGGGACUGGCACCGUCAGCCAUGGCCGCUCCAAAUCAGCAGAGGAUGAAGGGUGCGGUGUGAGGAAGCCCUCCGGCCAAUGGAAGGUCUCAGAUUUAGACAUCAUAGUGGACCCCGUGGAGCUGAGAGAGGGGCCCCGGUCCCCCUCAGGGGCCCGCAGUGCCGACACCAAUGAAGCAGAGUGGCCCACCCUGAGAAAAAGUGUCUCCUCGAUCCAACCUUCAGAUUGGAGGAACACCAGCCCAGACCAGAGCCUUGACUCCAGUAAGCUACCAGGUGGAUCCGUGUCCAAACCACCACCCAUCUACGGGACCUACCCUGCACCUACUGGCCACCCAUCUAUAAUCUGCUCUACCAGCUCCCUGCCCAGGUCUACCCAUGCCUCCUUAGCCUGGCAGGGCUCAGCCCCUCCUGGUUUCUCCUCCCAGCAGAUCCAGCAGCGUAUCUCUUUCCCCCCCAGCCCCACACCCCAGUCAGGCCAGGGGGAGAGGAAGAGGCCUGACCCCCCGCUGGCCGUGGCUGUGAGGCCCUACGUCCCAGACCGGUCCUCCUCCAGGCCUCAGUCCCCCAGGAAGGGCCCUGCCACCAUGAACUCCUCCUCCAUCUACCACAUGUACCUGCAGCAGCCUGCAGCCAAGAGCUACCCAGCAGGAGGCAGGUCUGCUGUCAAAGCAGUGUAUGGGAAACCAGUGCUUCCCUCCAGCACCUCUCCCUCCCCUGUGCCCUUCCAGCACGGGGCCCUGUCCCCAAGAGGAGGGAGUGGAGAGGACAUGGUGGACAGGGAAGGGGACACCACAGAGGGUAGACUCCUACUCCCUCCCAGUGUGGAAAACAUCCCGCGGCCCCUGAGCCCCACCAAGCUGACCCCCGUGGCCCACUCCCCACUGCGCUACCAGAGCGACUCUGACCUGGAGGUCCUGCGCCGGCGGCUGACCAACGCACCGCGCCCGCUGAAGAAACGCAGCUCCAUCACAGAGCCAGAGGGCCCCACCGGACCCAACAUCCAGAAGCUCCUGUACCAGCGCUUCAACACCCUGGCCGGGGGCAUGGAGGGCAGCAACAGCACCCCCUUCUACCAGCCCGUCUUUAUGGGUGGUGUCCUGGGAUGUCCUGACGUAGACAACAUCAACACUUCUAACGGGAACCUGAUGGAGACCGCGUCCCUGGUCGUCACUGCGGCAGACGGUCCCAACUCAGACCAUCGCCGGUCCCCUUUCAUGUCCCCUUCCUUUGACUCAAAUGAGAACCAUCGGCAGAGGACACCCCCACCCAGUGAGACCGCUCCCCGCCUACCCAGCCCCCAGCCUAGCCUGGAAGACAACAACAACAACAACCAACCUGGUCCUACAAGCACCACCUCCACUCCCAGGCCCAGCCCCAUCCCAGAGGCCUCGGCUCCCCAACAGAAAGACACCUCUCCCCGGACUGUCACACCCUCUGCACUGCCUAAGAGGACUAACCUGAAGAAGCCUGAGUCAGAGCGGACAGGCCACGGGCUGCGGGUCAAGUUCAACCCCCUGGCCCUGCUACUGGACGCCUCUCUGGAGGGAGAGUUUGACUUGGUGCAGAGGAUCAUCUAUGAGGUUGAGAACCCCAGCACAGCCAAUGACGAGGGCAUCACCCCCCUGCACAAUGCUGUAUGUGCUGGACGUCACCACAUCGUCAAGUUCCUGCUCGACUUUGGGGUCAACGUCAAUGCUGCUGACAGCGACGGAUGGACCCCACUACACUGUGCGGCUUCCUGUAACAGUGGGCAUCUCUGUAAGCUGCUGGUGGAGUCGGGGGCGGCCAUCUUUGCCACCACCAUCAGUGACGUGGAGACAGCGGCUGAUAAGUGUGAGGAGAUGGAGGACGGAUACACACAGUGUUCCCAGUUUCUCUUCGAGCUGCAGGAGAAGCUGGGUGUGAUGAAUAAAGGGUCUGUGUAUGCUCUGUGGGACUACGAGGCCCAGAGCUCAGACGAGCUGUCCUUCCACGAGGGAGACGCCAUCACCACUCUGAGUCGCAGGGACGAUGCUGAGACAGAGUGGUGGUGGGCCAGGCUACAUGACAAGGAGGGCUACGUGCCACGCAACCUGCUAGGGUUGUAUCCAAGGAUCAAGCCUAGACAACGUUCUCUGGCAUAGAGAAGACAGUGCACGUUGCUGAGAAGGCAGUGCACGUUGUUGCGCUGUGACUGGGCCCUCUCUCUGUGCCAGUCUGUGCCACCCCAGAACAAAGGACAAGGGCCAGGGCAUGGACAGAGGGGGCCAUAUCCGGACAGAGACAGACAGACAGGCUCGGUAUUGGUGGUCACUUAACAAAGAGGAAGUAGAGGCAGUAUCCACGGCCCAGAGAUCUCUCUGUCUGCAUUUUUUAAGGUUUUGCACCCCCCCGUCAUUGGAUCAUGAAGCAAUGAAGCUCACUGGACCAUGAAGCAAUGAACGACUCCAACCGCCCUGCCACCACCUACUCAUUCAGAGAAUACUCUGAGCAGAGCUUCCCUCUUCCCCCUCUCACUCAGUGUUUGUCUCCUGUGUGUCAGUCAGAGUAAGGACUUGAAUGUGAUGAUCUCAGAGAAGGGAGCAGAGGACAUGGGCAGUCAUGACUUAGUAAAUGUGGGUUUUGCAGUAAGUGCUGUUAGGAGAUCAGAGUUCAAACCCUGGAGGUCAAAUCUUCAGGGUUUCAACAGAGGAAAGAAGGGAACAGAUAAGAUAAUGUUUUUACAAGAUGAGAAAAGGAAGGAAAGUGAAAGAAGGUGUUAUUCAAAGACUUUGAAGGCUGGUUAAAGCUACUAAAAUAUUUGUGGAAUGUUUAAAACAGUCAUACAAUGUUGGUGUUAUUUUUGCAAACCAAAAUGUGUUCUGAAGGAAUGAGUGGAAGAUGUAGUGCUGGGAUGGGAACGUGAGAGGGGCUGCGUUCUGUUCUACAGAUGCAAUAACUAUGAAGCUAACAAUGGGUGUGAAUUUAAACUAAGCUCAUCAAACACGCAUAAGCCUACAAUAUAUAAAUGCUUUAUCACCUAAAAAGGCCUAUAGUUGGAUCUCUCUUUGGAGUUCGUAUUAAUAUUGAGUUACAUUUUGGCAGACGUUUGUUCCCUAUUUUUGUUUUAGGUUGGUUGUUGUCUAUUUAAUACCUAUAAGGCAAAGUGAUACACAUUUAGAUCACUGAGUAUAGGCAUACCACAGGAGGUUGGUGGCACCUUAAUUGGGGAGGUUGGACUUGUGGUAAUCGCUGGAGCGGAAUCGUGGAAUGGUAUCAAAAACAGCAAACACAUGGUUUCCAUGUGUUUGAUGCCAUUCCAUUUGCUCCGUUCCAGCCA